AUGCUGGAUCAAAAUCAUGACGAUUAUAAUAAUAAUGUCUACUAUCCGGACGACGAGUGCAAAAAAAGGGCUCACAUCUCAUCGAUGGAUGAAUACAAUAAACUGUACCAAAAGUCUGUCUCAAAUCCCGAAGAGUUUUGGACACAAGUGGCCAAAGAGUUCUUCUGGAACCGAUGGCCGACAGACAUGGAGUUUGUGUCCUAUAAUUUCGAUGUCCGCAAAGGACCCGUUGCGGUGAAAUGGUUGGACGGGUGCCAAACCAAUGUGUGUUACAAUGUGUUGGAUCGGCUCAUCAUAGAUAAAGGACUGGCCGAUCGAGUGGCCUUUCAUUGGCAAUCCAAUGACGAUAAGUGCAGCAAAAGUGUCACUUACAGUGAUUUACUGCGCGAUGUGUGCCGUUUCGCAAACGUCAUGAAGGGUUUGGGCGUUAAUCGGGGCGAUAGAGUGGCCAUAUAUAUGUCGGUGACCGUAGAGGUGGUGGUUGUUAUGCUGGCCUGCGCUCGGAUCGGCGCCGUUCACUCAGUAGUCUUCGCCGGUUUCUCUGCCAAAGCGCUCGCCGACCGUAUAAUAGACGCUAAUUGUGUGCUAUUAGUGACGGCUGACGGCGCCUAUCGGGCCAACAAAUUUGUGCCAUUGAAAUCAAUUGCCGACUCAGCGCUUGAUAUAUGCAAACAAUUUGGAAGUACCGGAAAACCCAAAGGGAUUGUCCACACGAGCGCCGGGUAUUUACUCUACACAUACAUCUCAUACAAACACACGUUUAAUUACACCGAUGGCGACGUAUUCAUGUCCACAUCGGACUUGGGCUGGUUGGCCGGCCACACGUUCAGCGUAUACGGACCGCUGGCCAACGGCGGCACUGUUGUCAUGUUGGAGGGCACCCCAUACUGGCCGACGCCCGACCGGCUUUGGCGACUCGUCGACCAAUUGGCGGUCACUAUGCUAUACACGACGCCCACUAUUAUACGACAGCUAAUGACGUAUGGCGAGCAACGAGUUAGAAAUUAUAGCCGCCGGUCGCUAAAAGUGUUGGCAGUGGUCGGCGAGCCCAUGAAUCCGGACGCCUGGCGCUGGGUGUGGGAUGUGGUGGGAGAGCGCCGGUGCUCAGUGGUCGACACGUACGGCCAAACGGAAACUGGAGCGAUGAUCACCGGACUGGCCGGCUGUACGCCAAUGAAACCGGGCUCAGCCGGUCUGCCCCUAUUUGGUGCGGUGCCCGCUAUACUGGACGCCGAGGGUCGCGAGUUGGACGGGCCGGCUGUCGGUCAGUUGGUAUUCAAAAAGCCGUGGCCCGGCAUAGCGCGCACGAUAGCCGGCAAUCACGGCUGGUAUGAAAUGACUUACUUUAAUAAGUUUAAGGGCUAUUACUGGACGGGCGACGGCGCCCGACGCGACGCCGACGGCUACUAUUAUAUGACCGGCCGUAUAGACGACACGCUGAAAGUGUCUGGACGUCUGUUGUCUACUGUGGAGAUAGAGGGGGCGGUUGUCGGGCACCGGGCGGUGGCCGAGGCGGCGGCCGUGUCGGCACCCCAUCUCAUAAAAGGCCACUGCAUUCACGUGUUUGUUGUGUUGUGUAAUGGAUUUGUAUUGACACCCGAUUUGGUGGUUGAGAUCAAAAGCAGAGUUAGGGCCAAAAUAGGAGCGCCGGCCGAACCCGAGGCGAUCUACGCGGUCAGUGCACUACCGAAGACUAAAACCGGUAAAAUUAUGCGCCGAAUACUGACUAAGGCUAUGAGUAAUGNGAUCUACGCGGUCAGUGCACUACCGAAGACUAAAACCGGUAAAAUUAUGCGCCGAAUACUGACUAAGGCUAUGAGUAAUGACCGCCUAUUGGGCGACACGUCCGCAAUGGCCGACGAGUCGGUACUCCCGGAGCUGUUCGCCAUCACAACCGGCGAGAUAUUAAAUGUUUAUCCGUUCAAUGAUUAG